UGGAAUGCUACAAUGUAACAAUCGCAACUGGACGCUUCAGAUUAAAGAGCUGGAAUGUAACGUUGUAUCUUUUCGGCGUCGCCAAAAACGCUCCGAAUGUCGCAGGGAAUACCGAAAAACCUCGGGUCGUAAUGCGGCUACCGGACAUUUCAAAACAACAACAGCGGGAGAGCGGAGACGAGCAGCCUUUGGAGGAUUUACCAGGCAAACAUAUAUGAGAAACACACGGAUUUGUGGGGGAUUUAUCCGCUCGGGAAGUUUAUGACAGGGUUUUUAUUGAGCCACACACACACACACGCGCGUAAGGAAUAUCUAGGAAUUUACUCCGACUGCUAGCCCUAGUGCUGUAUGAGAUUUUUCCUCCAAGCCGGAUCAUCUCCGAAAGUACUUUCCAAUGGUUUUCAUUGAUCCAGAAGAAGUGGGGUUCAGUUAGUUUAGAUGCCGCCUAACGUGAACCAGGCACCGGAGAGAGGUCGAUCCAUAAAAAGGGGUUAGGUUAAGUCGCCCACAUGCUCUGUAUUUGGGAUUGGGAUCACAAGGUGGAAGUUGAGAGCAUCAAAUCCCCGCAGGUCUGUGGAAGAUGCUGCCCAGCAGGAGCUGAGACCUUUGGAUUCAUCAGCGAAGCGCUCCAUCUGGAUCUGAGGACACAUGCAGGCCAAAAAACGCUAUUUAAUUCUGUUCUCUGCAGGUGUGUGUCUCAUUCUGCUCUUUUACCUGCAGGGGCCAGCUUCCAGGAGGACUCCAAAGCGAGGGGAUGACCCCCAUCCACGCUGGCCACACUUUUCAGACCCCUUACGAGCGUUCAUCCCUUGGGACCAGACUGAAACCGAGGACUAUAAUGUCCGAGCUUCUCCCAGACACAAACGAGAUGAUAGUAAAGGAGCUGACAAGUGCCGAAUGGACUCCUGCUUUGACUUUGACUUGUGUAAAAGAAAUGGAUUUAAAGUCUACGUCUACCCUCAACAGAAAGGGGAGAAGAUUUCUGAAAGCUACCAGAAUAUAUUAUCCUCCAUCGAGGGGUCCAGAUUUUACACAUCUGACCCGGGACAGGCUUGCCUUUUUGUUUUAAACCUCGACACCCUUGAUAGAGACCAGCUGUCCCCUCAGUACGUCCAUAAUCUUAAAACUAAAAUCCAGAACUUGAACCUGUGGAAUAACGGGAGGAACCAUCUGAUCUUUAACCUGUAUUCUGGCACAUGGCCGGAUUACACUGAGGAUUUGGGGUUUGAUAUCGGUCAAGCCAUGUUGGCCAAAGCCAGCAUCAGCACCGAAAGCUUCAGACCCAAUUUUGACAUCUCCAUCCCCUUGUUCUCCAAAGAUCACCCCCGGACUGGAGGGGAAAGAGGGUUUUUAAAAUACAACACCAUCCCUCCUUUUAGGAAAUACAUGCUGGUUUUUAAAGGCAAGCGCUAUUUGACUGGGAUUGGGUCUGACACCAGGAAUGCGCUUUAUCAUAUUCAUAAUGCUGAAGAUGUGGUUCUUCUUACCACAUGCAAACAUGGAAAAGACUGGCAGAAACAUAAAGAUGCUCGCUGCGACAAGGACAAUGCAGAAUAUGACAGGUACGACUAUAAAGAAAUGCUGCACAACUCCACGUUCUGUCUGGUGCCGAGAGGACGACGCCUGGGCUCUUUCCGCUUCCUGGAGGCUCUGCAGGCCGCUUGUGUGCCCGUCAUGCUGAGUAACGGCUGGGAGCUUCCCUUCUCCGAGAUCAUCGACUGGCGGACGGCUGCUGUCAUCGGGGACGAAAGACUUCUUCUGCAGAUUCCAUCAACAGUUCGCUCCAUCCAUCAAGAUCGCAUUCUGUCACUCCGGCAGCAGACACAGUUCCUCUGGGAAGCGUAUUUCUCUUCUGUGGAGAAAAUUGUGCUCACUACACUGGAGAUCAUCCAGGACCGUGUUUUACAGCACAGUGCUCACAGCACACUGAUGUGGAACCGGCAACCAGGAGGACUCUUCACCCUCCCUCAGUAUUCAUCCUACCUAGGCGACUUCCCCUUCUUCUAUGCCCUUCUCGGUACUAAACCACACCAGAAAUUCACAGCCGUCAUUCACGCAGUAACGCCUCUCGUAUCUCAGUCUCAGCCGAUAUUCAAGCUGCUAGUGGCUGUUGCCAAGUCUCAGUUCUGUGCCCAGAUCAUGGUCCUGUGGAACUGUGAUAAACCUCUUCCCUCGAAGCAUCGCUGGCCUGCUACUUCAGUUCCUGUCAUCGUAAUCGAGGGCGAGAGCAAGGUGAUGAGCAGCCGAUUCCUGCCAUAUGAAAACAUCAUAACUGAUGCAGUCUUGAGUCUGGAUGAAGACACUGUGCUCUCCACCACUGAGGUGGAUUUUGCCUUCACCGUUUGGCAGAGUUUCCCAGAGAGGAUUGUGGGGUAUCCUGCACGGAGCCAUUUCUGGGACUCCAAUAAGGAGCGAUGGGGCUACACCUCUAAAUGGACCAACGAUUACUCCAUGGUGCUCACUGGAGCUGCUUUCUACCACAGGUAUUAUAACUAUUUGUACACACACUACCUGCCCAGCAGCCUGAAGGGUCUGGUUGACCAGCUGUCAAACUGUGAAGACAUUCUGAUGAACUUCCUGGUGUCUGCGGUCUCUAAGAUGCCCCCUAUUAAGGUCACUCAGAAAAAGCAGUACAAGGAGACCAUGAUGGGACAGACGUCUCGUGCGUCACGUUGGGCCGACCCUGACCAUUUUGCCCAGCGGCAGACGUGCAUGAACAAAUUUGCCAGCUGGUUUGGCACAAUGCCCCUGGUUCAUUCGCAGAUGAGACUGGAUCCCGUUCUGUUCAAGGACCAGGUAUCAAUACUGCGCAAGAAGUACAGAGACAUCGAGCGACUCUGACCAAUCUGAGAAACCCCUACCCCUUUUUAACGGGGAUGGAAAGCGGCAUACGAAAACCCCCAUGAAGCCCUGCUAAACCAGAUCAUCAGGGAUAAACGGGGUCACACAAAACCCUCAGGGAGGGAGCACAUUGAGACGGGGGGCAGUAUUGUGUUUGAGGAUCCAUCUGUCAGAGAUGGAAAUCAUAAGAUUGGAUUAUUGGCGUAAUUUGCCAUUCGGCGCAACACAAAGACACGCCAUCGUUGGCACAUUUCUGUCUUCCGCAAACCCUUCUUGUAAUGCUUUGCCAAUGUCAACGGUCAACAUGGCAAACUCGCCAUGCACACAGAGAUCCACAUAUAGACUAAUGCACAUGGGUUUGCCCUCUGCAUCAGACCCCUUCAUGUUAGGUCGCUUGCAUAUUUAUUCGGUUCGCCUUCUACUUUUCUGGCAAGUAUCACGCCCCUCUUGAAGAUGCAAGACAACGUCCUGCGAAGAAGUCAAGCGUGCGAUACACCACGCACAACGUCACAGUGCCUGAGCUUUCAGAUGAACCGUAUCUGGAAGUCCAAAAGGGGUUUUGUAUGAAUGCAAAAACACCUUGUUCAUGCUGCUUAUAUUUGGAUUCAAAAUGUAGGUGUUCCACAUAUUGGCCCAAAGCUUCUUUCUAUACAAGCCUUUUUGUGUAUUUUCUCAGACUGACAUUAUUUUAGUCUUUUUUUUGUUUGAUGAUUUAGGCCCAAUGCCACAAAUAUCUCGUUCUUAGUCUUGUUUUCUUAUGAGUGUAAUGCCACAUUCACACUACAGCUGGUUCAGAUGUCACUCCACUUCUGACUGCUUAUUCUCGUUCUGUACACACUGAAUAUUUUUCGAAGUGAAAAAAAAAAUCAUGAAUUAUACCUAAUGCUACAAACAUCACUUUCUCUGUACAUGUUUUUCAAGUGUAAUUUUAUGUUCAGACUCCAACUAAUUCAGAUUAAGUCCAGUUCUGACUGCGUAAUCUGCGUAUUCUAUAUACAGAUGUUUUUUUGAAGUCAAAAUCAUGAUUCAGACCUAAUGCCAUAAAUAUUGCUUUUUCUGUUUUCAUAGAUUUUAUGAGUGGAAUGUCAUGUUCACACUGUACAUGAUCCAGAUGUUACUCCACUUCUGACUACGCAUUCUCAUUCUGUACACACACAGAAUAUUUUUUAAAGUAAAAAUAAUCAUGAUUUAGAUCUAAUGCUGCAAACAACACUUUCUCUGUACACACAUGAUUUUUGAGAGUACUUUCAUGUUCACACUCAAACUAAUUCAGAUUCAGUCCAGUUCUGACUGCAUAUUCUAUAUUAUACAGAUGUUUUUAUUUGGAGGUCAAAAUCAUAAUUUAGACCUAUUGCUACAAAUGAUACUUUCUAUUUACUUAUAUGUUUUUUGAGAGUAAUGUCAUGUUCGCACACACACCCAACUAAUUUGAAUUCAAUCCAGUUCUGAUUGCGUAUUCUAUAUACAGAUUUUUUUUUAAGUCAAAAUCUCGAUUUAGACCUAAUGCUACAAAAAUCACUUUCUCUGUACACACGUUUUUUUGAGAGUACUUUCAUGUUCACACUCAAACUAAUUAAGAUUUAAUCCAGUUCUGACUGCAUUUUCUAUAUACAGAUGUUUUUAUUUGGAAGUCAAAAUCAUGAUUUAGACCUAUUGCUACAAAUAUCACUUUCUCUUUAUUUACAUGUUAUUCUCGAGAGUAAUUUUAUGUUCACACUCUUCCAACUAAUUUGAAUUCAAUCCAGUUCUGAUUGCGUAUUCUAUCUAUAUACAGAUGAUUUUAUUUGGAAGUCAAAAUCAUGAUUAAGACCCAACGCUACAAAUAUCACUUUCUCUUUACUUGUUUUUUUGAGAGUAAUGUCAUGUUCACACACACACCCAACUAAUUUGAAUUCAAUCCGGUUCUAACUGCGUGUUCUAUAUACAGAUGUUUUUUUAAAGUCAAAAUCUCGAUUUAGACCUAAUGCUACAAAAAUCACUUUCUCUGUACACACGUUUUUUUUUGAGAGUACUUUCAUGUUCACACUCAAACUAAUUCUGAUUUAGUCCAGUUCUGACCGCGUUUUCUAUGUACAGAUGUUUUUAUUAGGUCAAAAUCAUGAUUUAGACCUAUUGCUACAAAUAUCACUUUCUCUUUAUUUACAUGUUAUUCUCGAGAGUAAUUUUAUUUUCACACACUUCCAACUAAUUUGAAUUCAAUCCAGUUCUGAUUGCGUAUUCUAUAUGCAGAUGGUUUUAUUUGGAAGUCAAAAUCAUGAUUAAGACCCAACGCUACAAAUAUCACUUUCUCUUUACUUACAUGUUUUUUGAGAGUAAUGUCAUGUUCACACACUCCCAACUAUUUAGAGUUCAAUCCGGUUCUAACUGCGUAUUCUAUAUACAGAUGUUUUUUGGAAGUCAAAGUCAUGAUUUAGUCCUCAUACUACAAAUAUUACUUUCUCUGUACUUAAACGAUUUUUGAGAGUAAUUUCAUGUUCACACUCAAAUUAAUUCAGAUUCAGUACAGUUCUGACUGUGUAUUCUAUAUACACAUGUUUUUAUUUGGAAGUCAAAAUCAUGAUUUAGACCUAUUGCUACAAAUAUCACUUUCUCUUUACUUACAGGAUUUUCUGGAGAGUAAUUUUCAUGUUCGCACACUUCCAACUCAUUUGAAUUCAAUCCAGUUCUAACUGCGUAUUCUAUAUACAGAUGGGUUUCUUUGAAGUCAAAAUCUUGAUUUAGACCUAUUGCUAAAAAUAUCACUUUCUCUGUACUUGCAUGUUUUUCUCGAGAGUAAUUUCAUGUUCACACUCAAACUAAUUCAGAUUCAGUCCAGUUCUCAUUCUGUAUACAGAUGUUUUUAAUUAGAUGUAAAAAUCAUGAUUUAGACUCAAUGCCAUACAUAGUUUUCGUAGAUUUUGUACGAAAGUGUAAUCUCGUUCACACUUCAGCUAAUACAGAUGUCAUUCCACUUCUAACUGCUUAUUCUCGUGCUGUACACACAAAGUAUAUUUUUGAAAGUAACAAAAUCAUGAUUUAGACCUAAUGCUACAAAUAGCAUUUUCUAUGUUCUUGCAUUUUUUUCGAGUUUUUUUUUUUUUGUUCACUCUCAAACUGACUCAGAUUCAGUCCAGUUCUGACUGCGUAUUCUCAUUCUAUACACAUAUGUUUUUAUUUGGAAGUCAAAAUCAGAAUUUAGACCCAAUACUACAAAUAUCACUUUGUACUUAGUAAAUUCAUGUUCACACUCCAUCUAAUUUGGAUUCAGUCCAGUUCUGACUGCUUAAUCUGCGUAUUCUAUAUACAGAUAUUUUCAUUUAAAAUUAGUCAUGAUCAUGAUUUAGACCUAAUACCACAAAUAUGGCUUUCACUGUUUUUGUAGAUUUUAUGAGUGGAAUGUCAUGUUCACACUGCAGCUAAUCCAGAUGUCAACUAAGAGGUUAGAUGUCAACACACUUCAACUAAUUUGAAUUUAGUCCAGUUCUGAUUGUGUAUUCUCAUUCUAUAUACAGAUAUUUUAUUUGGAAUUAAAAAUCAAGAUUUAGAUCUAUUGCUAAACAUAUUACUUUCUCUGUUUUAGUAGAUUUAAUGGGUGUAAUGUCAAGUUCACAUUCAAACUAAUACAGAUUCAGUCCUGUUCUGACUGCGUCUUCUCAUUCUAUAUACAGAUGUUUCAAUUUGAAAGUAAAAAUCAGGUUUUAGACCCAAUGUCACACAUAUUAUUUUCUGUUUUCAUAGAUUUUAUAUAUAUAUUUUAGUGUAAUGUCAUGUUCCCACUGCAGCUGAUCCAAGUGUCACUCUGCUUCUCACUGCGUGUUCUCAUUCUGUACACACAAAGAAUGUUUUUGAAAGUAAAAAAAAAACAUGAUUUAGACUCAAUGCCACAAAUAUCACUUUCUCUGUUCUUACUUGUUUUACAAGAGUAAUUUCAUGUUCACACUGCAACUAAUUCAGAUGUUACUCCGCUUCUGACUGCCUCUCAUUCUAUACAGUUUGAAUUAUUUGGACAUUACAAAUACAUGAUUUAGACCCAACGCCACAAACAAAUAUCUUACAGUCUGUUAUCAUGCAUUUUAUGACUGUAAUGUCACAUUCACACUUCAGUGAAUUCAGAUCUCACUCCACUUCUGACUGUUUCUCAUUCUAUACACAUAAUAUUAUGUAUAUAGAAGUUACAAAUUAUAAUCCAGACUUAAUGCUAUAAAUAACUUGCUAUUCUGUCUUUACAAAGUUUUGUGAGUGUAAUUCCAUGUUCACACUGUGGCUAAUUCGGAUGUCACACCACGUCUGACUAGUUAUUGUCAUUCUAUGCAUACAUAAUGCUUUAUUACACUUACAAUUAUUUGGAAAUUACAAAUUAUGAUUUAGACCCAACGCCACAAACAAAUAUCUUGCAGUCUGUUAUGAUGCGAUUUAUGACUGUAAUGUCACAUUCACACUGGAGUGGAUUCAGAUGUCACUCCACUUCUGGUUGUUUCUCAUUCAAUACACAUAAGAUUAUGAAUAUAGAAGUUACAAAUCAUGAUCUAGACUCAGUGCUAUAAAUAACUUGCUAUUCUGACUUUACAAAGUUUUUGAGUUUAAUUCCAUGUUCGCACUGUGGCUAAUUCAGAUCUCACACCACUUCUGACUAGUUGUUGUCAUUCUAUACAUACAUAAUGUUUUAUUACACUUACAAUUCAAAUUCUUUGUCAGGUAAUGUUUUUUUCUGUCCUGAAUUUUAUUUAAUUUUUUAAUACAAGUCUUUUUUUAACGAUUUAUCUCAGCCUAGUUUUAUUUCCUUAAGAGUGUAAUGCCAUAUCAGCGUCCACAUUCACACUGCAGCUAUUCUGAUUUCGCACCACUUUUGAUUCUUACUUUUUGAAUUUCAUGAGAGUUCCGUUCAUGACAACUGCUUUUACAAAUCAGUUUAAAAAUAAGUGGUUAAUGUAAAAAUGCUGGCUUCCACACAAUUAUUUCAUGUCAUCCUAACACAAACCGAUUAAAUUAACUAAAUUGAUUUGACAAAUUGAACUGGAUUGAGCAAAAAACCCUCAAAAAUCCCUCAAAAAUCUCAAGAAUGUGACGUUUCAGCUCAUUUGAAAUAAGUAGUUUGAACAAGCAGCAAAAAUAAUGUUUGAGUCUAAUGACAAACAAGGAGAGACUUAUUUAGCAUAUUUUGUGUAGUAUUUAUUGCCUAAAACCCCAAACGCACAUUGCAGUCUAUUAUUUUAGUUUUUUGUACUGUAUAACAGAAAUCACAUGCUCAAUGGCACAAGUCUAAGCACACAAGUGAUUUAUAGCUGCAAAGUGAUAUUUAACACUAGUUUCCUGAUCAAUCUCCAUAAGCAAAUCGAUGAAAUGUCAUAAAUAAUUCAUUAACAUUCGUUUGAAGCUUCAGGUUGGAGUUUGGAGAACAUCUGCCAUUGAUUUUCUGUUAAGAAAGAACUAUGAACUCAUUAUCGCUCAUGAAUACAGCUAUUUUUUAUUAAAGGAAACUGAUUUAAAAGUCUUUUUUACCCCUCAACGUGGACUUUAUUCAGGCUAGAUGCCAAAUGUAGUGCUCUCUGAAUGAAAGCAGAACAAUUUACAGUUUAUUUAGUGGGUUUAGCUGUCAAUAAAAUACAUCUUUGCAACAGAAACAUGCGGUACAGCCUCAGUUCUGUUAGUGUAAAGCAGUGGCAUCUACUCUUUCUUUAUGACACCUGCAAUUUAUCAACAUACUACUUCCUUGACUGUCCAACACAACGUAAUUGAAUAUUAAAUGUGAGCGUUCAGUCGCUAUAUGUGCAUGGUGAUCAUCUGACUGAUGUAUGUUUAUUACAUGAGAGUGUAUUGGAGAGUAAUGUUAAAAUACCGAACUGAAUGUGUCCCAACUAUUUUAAAGAUGUAUUUAGGGUUGACUUACGGUUGUGCAGUAAUGAAGAAAUGAACUUGCAGAUGUGCAUGAAUUGGACUGAAACUCUGGAAAGUGUUUCUCUUAAUAAGGUUUUGAGGCUUUUGUCAAAUAUAUCAAGUCAGGCUGUUAUGGAUUCUGGUCUGAAUGAAUGAAUGUGCCUUUUCUUAAGACAUUCUCAAUAAUUGUUCGCCACAAUCUCCUCUUCUUCAAUAGAGCUGAUCAUCUUCUUUUAUUCUUGUCCGCUUGGUCUCUUUUUCUUCGUCAAACACUGGACGUCGUACUGACAUUCCUGCUUGUUUUGUAGGAAACGCAUCUCUUUCACUCGGCCUCAUGUUUAUGUGUAUUUAAUAUACAUGAGGAUUCGUUGUAUUUCCGUUGUAUUUGAGUCUUCGCAUCAACGUCGGAUCCUGUAAAAACUGUUUAACGUCAUUAUGAACAAUAAAUCAAAGUUGAAUUUUUUUUGGAGGUAUAAAAAAAUGCUUUUUUAAAAAAAUAAAUGAUAUUUGAUACAUUU